ACCCCCCCUGCCCGCGGACUGAAGCAGUCGUUAGAGUUUCAUCGUCUGCUUUUAGUGCUUUCUUGUAAGCACUAGGGUUUUAAGUUAAGAACCAGUGCAGUGACACAUUUUGCCUCUGGAAAGAAAAGAGAAAGGAGAAAAAAAAAGUUUGAAAAGGUUUCCAAAUUUCCUGCGCAAACGGCACGAGAGGAUUAAAUGCGGAGGUUGGAGUUAAGAGAAAAAAAAAGUUUUGAGCGUAAAAGUUCAACAACUCUAGUUCAUCAACUCUGUGAGGUGAACUGAAUGAUUCCAGACUCCUUUGUCCGCGACAAAUUACUCUAAUAAGAAGGGAAAAAAAGCUGUUUGUCGUUCCAGCUGUCUGUCGCGCGCUGCAAGCGGGGCGCGUGCCUAGAGUUUGCGCGCUUGUCAAACGAUCGAACGUUUAAUUGACACCUGUUGCAUUGUGACGCGAGACAAUGCACUGUUUCCCGGUAAGUGAUUCGAACAUUUAAAAAGUUUAAUUCGAGUGAAUUCUGUGGAACUUUUGUAGGAUGGACAGCGCCGGACUGUUUGAGGAGUAUGUUCUUCAGUCUGUAAGUGUUUAAAAGAGGGAGAAAACACACGGGAACUCAAGCGUCAAGUUAAAUCUGUCUGAGGUGGAUUUGUUACAUAUUUUCAGGAGUAACUCCUACUUUGUGUGCGGUUAAAAAAAGUCACCCAAAGAACAUCACGUAGAGUUAGACCAGGUUCAGCUCCCAGGACUUCAGCUCUGGAACUUUAGAGAAACUUUUGGAGACCUGCGCUGAACGGAACGUCAAACAAGAAAGUGGGCUGCGCUCGCGUCCCGAGGGGUUGAUCCGAUACAGGUCAGGUUAAUCAAUCCAGCGGGAGUGAGAGGCAGUGCUGGGACUUUUAAUCAGGCAGAGACGGCAGAGACUCCGACCUUUCCACCCUCCAGCUGCCUGAUCCCAGCCAGCAUGUUUAGGAGGCUCUUUCCAUUUCUUGGACGAGGAAGGAUGGAUGUGAGAAUGAACCAAGGACACCUAGUUCUGGCAGUGAUCCUAAUCGCCUGCAACUCACAGCUGCUGGUGGUCGCCAACUCGUGGUGGUCAUUAGCCAUGAACCCCAUCCAGAGGCCGGAGAUGUACAUCAUCGGAGCGCAACCUUUGUGCAGUCAGCUAACGGGCCUGUCUCAGGGUCAGAGGAAGCUCUGUCAGCUCUAUCAGGACCAUAUGGUUUAUAUCGGAGAAGGGGCGAAGACGGGCAUCAAGGAGUGUCAGUACCAGUUCAGGCAGAGGCGAUGGAACUGCAGCACGGUGGACAACACAUCGGUGUUCGGUCGCGUCAUGCAAAUAGGCAGUAGAGAAACAGCUUUUACCUAUGCCAUCAGCGCAGCAGGCGUAGUGAAUGCGGUCAGUCGGGCAUGCCGUGAGGGUGAACUUUCCACCUGUGGCUGCAGCAGAGCAGCCCGUCCCAAAGACCUCCCAAGAGACUGGCUAUGGGGUGGCUGUGGGGACAAUGUCAACUACGGCUACCGUUUCGCCCGGGAGUUUGUCGAUGCCCGCGAGCGAGAGAAGAACUACCCACGUGGAUCUGUCGAGCAUGCACGCACGCUUAUGAAUCUACAGAACAAUGAAGCUGGGAGAAUGGCAGUGUACAAUCUGGCCGACGUUUCAUGCAAGUGUCAUGGCGUCUCCGGUUCAUGCAGUCUGAAGACCUGUUGGCUCCAACUGGCCGAUUUCCGUCGUGUUGGGGAGUUCCUGAAAGAAAAGUAUGACAGCGCCGCCGCAAUGCGCAUCAGCCGACGAGGCAAGCUCGAACUGGUCAACAACCGCUUCAACCCCCCGACAUCCGAAGACCUAGUCUACAUCGACCCCAGCCCAGACUACUGCUUGCGUAAUGAGACCACCGGCUCCCUGGGCACCCAGGGCCGUCUUUGCAACAAGACCUCCGAGGGAAUGGACGGCUGUGAGCUAAUGUGCUGCGGUCGUGGUUACGACCAAUUCAAAACCUACAAACACGAGCGAUGCCACUGCAAGUUCCACUGGUGCUGCUAUGUCAAAUGCAAGCGCUGCACGUCACUGGUAGACCAAUUUGUCUGCAAGUAGCACCCUGGGAAUGGGACAGAAGCCCUGGAGAGGCACUGAGCAAUUAGUGAGAGAUGAACAGGACCCUUGGCGGACCCCUACGGGGAACUUAGAGAUAAUUAAAUGUAAAAUUAUAUAUUAAAUACAACAAAUUAAAGAAUAUAAAUAAGUGUAUGUGUGCCAUUGAUAGUAAUUUAAUGACUUUUUCUGACUCAAGAAUCAAAAGUUAGACGUCAUUGAUGAAACAGAGGCACCGAGUGCUUGUUUAUUUUGUCGUCAAGAUGUUGUUCUCUCUACCGUAUGUGCUCAGCAAGCACAUUUGUGUUUGAACGAAGGUGGGACCCUCGGCUGUCUUUAGAAGGAAGAGCCUACAAACUCUUAAAAGACUAGAAUUUUCUAGAAAAGGAAGAGAUGUAGAAAGAGGACGGAGAACAACAUGACACACCAACCAACACCUUUUCUAGACCUUUGGUCCUCCACUUGCUUUUAGACUGUGCUGAUUCUUGACCAGACCUCCACAAACACACUCCACCUUGCCGACAGCAGAGCUCUUAAGAACCUUGAGUCAAAUGGGGACACCGAGAUUUCGGAGAAACACAGUUAUUGGACAUUGUGUUCCAUGGUGUCAAAAGAAAAAAAAAAUCAAAUGCUGCUUCUCAACCUCUUGUUAAGCGAGCCACUCCCCCAAAAAACCUGGAGAGACAGGUGAUACAUAAAACUAGGAACAAGUAUUGCCUGGAAUGGAGUUUAAAUCCCGGCAGACACAUGCUGCUCCCUAUGAAUCUUUUCCAUAGGAUCUAAAUCGUCCAUCAUUGGAUUUUUGACACAAAGAAUCCUCAAUAUAGGCUUUCAAAUGUCUGUUAUGAACUUUUGAUGCAUUUCAGGGUCUUCCAGACAUUGUAUCUUGGAAUAACAUCUAAUUUAGAGCUGAUAUUGAGGAGAAUAUUGUAUUGUUCUGUCACAGUAAUGAAUGUGCGUGUGGAAAACAAAUCAAGGCAACAUUAAAAGGACUGCAAAAAUAUUAUUGUAACCAAAUACUAGUGGUUCAGAUUAUAUUUUAUUAAUUGCUUCUCAUUGUAUACAUCAUAUGUAUUGUUCUCAUUAUUAUAAUUUGAUAAAGAAGCUUUUUACUGGGGAUUUAUAUGCUAACAGAGGAGAUAUUACUGGCCACCAAAAGAAAUGGGCAAUCAUAGCCAACCUCUCCCAAUCACUGUCAAGCCACGGAACAAGACAAAAAUAUCUUCUGUUCAUUUCUGAGUGUUUUGGAGGAAAACUACACUUGUAAAUAACAGUCAAGACAUACUGUUUAUGCAAAUAACACUUAGAAAGUUCUAUGACUUUACAUGUCUGUCCACAAUGUUUGCUGCCCUGUGAUCAUAUGCUUGUUGUGUGUAUUUCCCCCUCAUUCAAACCAGUAAUAUUAAAAAUAUUAAUAGUGAUUAUUAUAACCUACGUAGCUACUUUAAUUCACUUUCCCUGACUGUGUUUGUUCUGUUUACUUUGUGCAAUUACUGAAUUGAUCACAAUUACAAAUGGGAUAUAUAUUGCAUAUUUGCGCAAUGUAAUAAGCAUUAUAAGUGUGUAAACAUCAAGAAGAUGUAAAUGAGUAUUGACUGUUUCUCUGACUUCAAGGUUUAAUUAGCCUAUUCAUUGUCAUAGAUAUUUUGGUUACACUUUACUAAAACGAAAUGCAUUAGAUAUCACAAAACAACAAAGAAUAAUUACUUUUUACAGCAUUUAUUAAUGUUGGUUAAUGUUAAUUUAUCAAAAUAAUGUUGUUCAUUGUUAGUUCAUGUUAGUUCAUAUUGCAUUACCUAAUAUUAACAUAUAAAACUUUUAAUGAAAAAAAGUAUGAUGGUGGGAAAAUAGCUCAUUAAAAGUACAGUUACAGCACUUAAAAUGUACUCAAGUAAAAGUUUAAAUUUUUUAAACUACUUAAAAAGUACAAUUCCUGGGAAAAACUACUUAAUUACAGUAACGUGAGUAUUUGUAAUUUGUUACUUUACACCCCUGUACAUGACACAGAAGCUGUA